AUGCUGGCGGCCGUGCGCGGCGCCAACAAAGACCACGACGAGGUGGUGGCGGCCUUCAAGGCGGACUGCAAGCAGUACGGCCAGGGCGAGCUGCGCGCGCGGGUGUUCUACGAGCGCCUGGGCGUCUACUUCGGCAGCGAGCUCAUGCUGGAGCACAUGCUGCCGCAGCUGGCCAGGCUCAUCCCGGACGACAAGAAGAGGAAGAAGUUAGUUAAAGUUCACGUUAAACACAAGCGCGCGGGUGGGUCCAAUGCGGUCGUCACAGUGGGGGCUAGAGCCUCCACCCACCCACGACGACCUGUGUCCACUUCGGGGAGGGUGGAGAACCCGCCGCUGCCGGUUUCAAUGAGACCGUCCGGAGACAGGAGACCGUACUCGGCGUCGGAGCUCAUUCGACGAGACAGCAUCGAGAGCGACACGUCCAGCAACAACAGCGGAGAGAUGGUCCCAGCGGCAUCGGCCUCGAGACUCGCCAUGACGCGACAUGCAGACACCCCCAAGUGCGCCAUCUGCAGCGAGGUGUUCGAUAUCAAGCGGCGCAGACACCACUGCAGGAAGUGCGGCGCCAGCGUCUGCCACUCGUGCAGUCCAGCAAGGAUGCUGAUCUCGCCUGACCAGGUGGCCAGCGAGAGCAUGAAGAAGAAGUACGACCCAGCACACCCGCAGCGCGUGUGCACGAUCUGCGCGCCGAUCUUGCAGUGCUUCCAGGACGGACUCAACUCGCAGUACGCGAACUGCCACAAGGAGAACCCGCACGAAGCCAAGACGCGACUGCAUCUGCCGUACAGCCGAUCACUGGAGAGCGCGUGUCGCUCGGCUGCCGACAUCCUCGGCAACUUUUUCCGACCGGACUUUGGGGCUGACAGCGACCGCUACAUCCCCGUGAAUUUCCUCAAGCGAGCCCAAGGCAUUGCGUUCCUGACGGUUAUCAAGGCAGGGUUGCUUAUCACAGCCAAGAUGGGGACAGGUAUUGUGAUCGCCAAGCUGGACGAUGGCUCGUGGUCGGCGCCGUCUGCCAUUGGCACGGCAGGUAUAGGCGGUGGACUCGAGGGAGGUGGCGAGCUUAUCGAGUUCAUGAUCAUCAUGGGCUCCAAGAAAGCCGUCAAGGUUUUCCACCGUACUCAGGUGAACGUUGGUGGCGGGUUGAGCGUGGCUGUCGGACCCUACGGACGUGAUGCAGUCGCCCAAGCUGCUGCUAGCCGAGGAGGAUUCAACGCCAAUUACAGCUACUCUCACAGUCGUGGCCUUUUCGCCGGUAUCUCGCUCCACGGUGCUGUCAUCACGGCCCGAACAGAGAUGAACAGCAACUUCUACGGCCAGAAGCUUACGCCAGAGGAAAUUUUGAGUGGAGCGGUCCCGCAUCCGCGCGCUGCCCAGUGUUUAUACGACGCCAUUGACCAGGCCAUGGACGGGAUCGCUCAAUUCGAGGCUUCUGGGGGAUCCCAACGGCGCCCAUCGACGGCAACUGCUCCCCAAGGACGAUGCAGUUCAUGCCGAUGCGACCAGUUCGUCGCCAAAGCUUUCUCCAAGAAGUGCAAGACUUGCUCGCACAUACACAACCCCGCCACUUAG